GGGCUCGGUGGCGGUGGGCUGCGAGGCGGCGGCGCGACGGCGGGGGCGGGCGGGGGCGGGUGGCGGAGGCAAGGGAGAGGGUGGGCCACCGCGGUGGCCGUGAGGGCGGAGGCGACGCGGGCGGCGGUGGGGACGGACGCACGGGAGACGGCGGCGACGGCGGCGACGACGGAAGCGUGGGGACGGGCAGGCCCGAUGGCGGGGGCGUGCCCCGAUGGCGGGGGCGUGCCUGAUGGGAGGGCGGCCGGCCGACUGACAAGCGCUGCGCUGGGAGGCGGUGGUAGUGCUCGGGCUGGCGCGCCCACGCGUUGUGCUCGGGCGCAGCUGACCCGACCGCAAUCGGCGGGUCGCGACAAUGCGCGGGGCAGCCUGCGCGUCCCGACAGCGCCGACAAGCGAGGCGCAGGCUGCGGAGGGCAACCUGAGGAACGCGCGACGAGCGAGUCGCGUGCGCGGCGAGCCGGCGAGGUAGCCG